UCUCGUGCUGUUGCUUGGUUUGCCCCACGGCUUCCUAGGCUUGCGGCCCAAAUUUGAUGGUACAUUCAUCUUCUGCUGUUUAAUUAGCAGGGGCGCUGGUGCGAGGUGUAUGUACAUUGCAAUAUUGCUGACAAUAGUGGUGUUUCUCGUGUGCGCCGUGGUAACAUCGAUCAUUUUCCUGGCGGCCGCCUUUCUACAGCGCUGCCUGUGUGAGCCUCUAGUGAAUCCCACGCAAAGUGCGAUGUACACAUUUAUAGUGGACCCCUUCAUAGACAUCGAGAAGUUACAAUUUCGAGACGAAGCCAACCACAGUUCUAAUUACAGACUCAGCUCUGUCUUGGACCAAAUUAUGUAUCCUAAAUUUAAUCAUCGCCGCCACUAUUAUUGGGUAUUUAAUCUUGACCGAUUCGCCCGCGAAGACAGGCAUAUAUUUAUAUUCUCGAAAACCUUGUUGCGAUCGUUGGACGAGAUGCAGGCCCAGGCGCCGAAACACGUGCUAUCUUCUCGUAUGACUAUGCUGAGUGACGGCGCCAAGCUCAAACUGCUGCGACUCGCUGACACCUGCUUCUCCGACUUGGCUCUUGACAGACUUCCGGAUACUUUGAUGCGGAGUAAGCAGCAGUUCAGCAAAACGUCUCGGGAGAUGGCGCUGUUGUCUGACGCGUUGGAUCGCACGGCGGACAGCGUGGCGGCCAGCGGCGGCUACGGCCCCCUCCCGGCCGAGCUGCGCGCCGCCGCCGACACUCUGCAGGACCUUCGCCUGAACACCAUCCUGCCCAUGUUCCAAUACACGCACAAGCUCAAUAAAACAGUCAAUACAUUGCAAAAGUCGCUGCGGUUCAAUGACAUGUCGCUGAAGCAAGCGAUCAAGCACUAUCUUGGCGAGGUGCAGGAGACAGAGAGGUUUCUCAACGAAGAUCUUGAUAAGGAAGCGCGAUUGGGCCUGAGGCAGCUAACGGCAGAAAUCACAGGCAUGGUCCUGGCCGUAUACCGCAGCCAUAUAACAAGGACUUUACCCACAGGCGAGUUUUCAGUACCAUUCAUCGCAUUAAUCAGAAGGAUUCUGUGUGUUAACAUUUUAUUACCUGUGCACGGCAUGUGGCUCUGUCUGUUUUUCUGCUGCCUGAUGUUGCUGGUCAUGAUCCUGGCGGCGCGCAACCUGGCGAGGAGCUGGUUCCACACCCACUCCUAUCCUGGUCGGGCUGCUGUGCGCGCGUACGACAAUGCAAAGAAAGCUGCGCAGAUGAAGCUCAGAAUGCGCAGAGAUCUAUUCAACAAAGAACAGUUGUGCUUCGACGAGUGCAACAAGUACAUUCAGCCAAAAACUCCUCCACCGCCUGUCUCGCGCAAGGGCCGCUACCGUUGCUGCUUUGAAGACUAACCAGUUGUGGAGCCAGAUUGUGAAACAUUCAUUUUGUGCUAGCUAUCUGUUCUCGUGAAAUGCUUUGUUGAAUCUUUGAUUAUUGUUAUUAAUAAUAUUGUUUUGGAUAUACUUACUUGAGCAGUUGUGUAUUUUGGAAUGUUAACUAUUAAAGUAUUUUGCCUGUCGUUCA